GCUCGCGAGAGCUCGGUCGUGCGCGGGUUUUCACGUCGCAUCGUGGGAACCACGUGACUCGCGAGCCAGCCAGCCGCUGACCGGCCGACUUAACGGAAUCGGAGGCUCCGUCGCGCGGGCUUCGAAGCACGCAAUCGAAAGCGACGGCACGACGACCGGGAUUUUCACCGAACCGAGCGGAGUUUCACUUCUAACCUGAAUUCGCCGGGGACGAGCGAACGGGUCAACGUGUGCACGCGCCUGUGUGUGUGUGUGUGUGUGUGUGUAUGUGUGUGUUGCCUUGGCGCGUAUCAUCGACUCGUCGUCGUAGUCAUCGUUUAUCAGCGAAGACUUCUACAGCUUCUACGGAAAUCCAUUACUCCGGAGACAUCGCAGAGUCACGUCGCGCACGACUACGUGAUUGCUUGCAUCGUGGUUCUAUCGUCGGGUUGACUGACGUAAAUCUGAGGAAGGAGAAGAAGAGAAAGAAGUAUCGUUUCCAAGAAGGUUUUGCAUUCGAGGACAGCAGGAUGUGGCCGAAGGACGUCGGCAUCCGGGCUCUGGAGGUCUACUUCCCGGCGCAGUACGUGGAGCAGACGGAGCUGGAGGCGUACGACGGUGUGUCCGCGGGCAAGUACACGAUCGGCCUGGGUCAAUCGCGGAUGGGCUUCUGCAACGACCGCGAGGACAUUAAUUCGUUGUGCCUGACCGUGACGCACCGGCUGCUCGAGCGUUACAACAUCAAGCCGCAGGACAUCGGGAGACUGGAGGUGGGCACCGAGACCGUCCUCGAUAAGAGCAAGUCGGUGAAAACCGUGCUGAUGCAGCUAUUCGAGCCGCACGGUUGCACCGACAUCGAGGGCGCGGAUACCACCAACGCUUGCUACGGCGGCACCGCCGCGCUCUUCAAUGCCAUCGCGUGGGUCGAGAGCAGCGCCUGGGACGGCAGGCUCGCUCUGGUCGUCGCCGCCGACAACGCGGUGUACUCCAAGAGCAGCGCCAGGCCGACCGGUGGCGCGGGUGCGAUAGCGAUCCUGGUAGGUCCGGAUGCACCUCUCGUGUUCGAUCGCGGUCUCCGAGCAUCCUACAUGAGGCACGCUUACGACUUUUACAAGCCGAACCUGCGCUCCGAGUAUCCCGUUGUGGACGGCAAACUGUCGAUCCAGUGCUACCUCAGCGCUCUAGAUAACUGUUAUCAGCUGUAUCGCGAGAAAGUCAAGAGGAAGAGUCCUGACGAGAGCCCCGUGACGUUGACCAAUUUCGACGCGAUGCUCUUCCACUCGCCGUACUGUAAACUCGUACGAAAAUCAUUCGCCAGAUUGGCCUUUAUCGAUUUCCUAAACAUCCCGGAAAAUCAGAUUCCCGACGGUUACAAGGACGUGACAAAAUUCCACGCCACUAAGCUCGAGGAUACUUAUUUCAACCAGGACAUCGAGAAAGCCUUCAUGCAGCUGAGCAAGGCGGACUUCGAACGGAAGACCCAGCCCAGUCUGCUGAUAGCGAAUCAAGUCGGGAACAUGUACACACCAUCGGUAUACUCCGGUUUAGUAUCGUUGCUCAUAUCAAAGCCGAUAAAUGAAUUGGCAGGCAAUAAGAUUGGUAUUUUCUCCUAUGGCUCGGGCCUGUGCUCCAGCAUGUACUCGUUGACGGUGGCGAAGGACACGCAAGAGGGUUCCGGUCUGUCGAAGAUCAUCAGCGCUCUCUCCUACGUCAAGUCGCAGUUGGAGGGACGCCACUGCGUUUCCCCGGAGGAUUACACCAGAGUGCUGGCGCUGAGAGAGCAAAAUUGUCACGUUGUGCCAUUCACUCCGGAGAGUAGCAUAAAUGAUAUGUUCCCAGGCACGUAUUACUUAACGCAGGUGGAUGAAAUGUACAGGAGGACUUACAAGAGAGUAUGAGAUCGACGCGUUAGACCUGAAGAUUUAGGAUUAUUUGUAGUUAAUUUCUCUUCUACAAGAAGAGAUACAUAUGUAAAAUAAAAGGUUUUAGGUUUUACUUGAUCGUAUAAAUUUUUGUUAACAAUUAUACAUAAUUAUCGAUUAGUAACACAAAAAAUCUAUAUAUAUAUAUAUAUAUAUCAUACCUAUAUAUUUAUCAUUUCUAUGUUGAAUGUCUUCGUAUCAAGGAUUUGUUCAGAUUAAGUCUUCCCUUAUUGAUUUCUUCGUUUAUAUUUUUUUUGUUGCUUUAAAAUAUAUAAAAUUAUUCUUUAAUAAUUUUAAAAUAUAAUGACAUCAAUCGGCAAUGUAAUUCUUUAAGAAAUAUUAAAUUAAUGAAGAAGUACAUUGCAUUGUGUUGCAAAUAUGGAUAAGAAUCUCAGGCACUUGUGUGAUUUUAAUAGAAAAGAUUUUGAUAGAACAGAGAGAAACUAUUAGCCUCUUCAUUGAUUUAUGAAAUAUAGCUAUUUUACACCAUCA